GGGACGGCGCCGGGCUCCGGGAGGCUGCUGGGCCGCGGCUCGGCUUCACAGGACUGCUUUGGAGAAUAUGGAUGAGACUCAUCAGUAGCACUUGAUGAAUAUUUUGAGCGACUGUUCAAGCUGAAUUAUGGAGGGCAGCAGUGAUGUGUCUGGACCCACGACACAGCCGCAGACUGACAAGUGCAGCGCAGAGGUCAGAGGAAGAGAAGUCCGUUGCAAAGUGGACGAUGGAGCGACGGCACUCGCUCCCGGUGACUCAGGACUGACCAAAGGAGGCCUCUCUAGCCUGGUGGAGCCUACUGCACCGUCGGUGGUGACUCCCACCGCCGAAGCUCCAGGAGGCGUGUCGCUGAAAGUUUCCACAACUGUGCUGCACCCGCUGUGUCUGGGAGAGAGCCCACUGAUGCUGCCCAUUCACCUCCAGAUGGCCGGAGCAGCCGGCUCCCAGCUCAGCCAAAUGGGGGCAGCACCGUACCUGAUAACAAGCCAAAGCCCUGUUUCCCUUCCCCUGGUCCUGGAUCAGCAGGUCCUCCAGCACAUGAGUCCCUCUGUCAUUCCUCAGAGUGCUAACUGUCCGCAGCUGCCGCUCCACAACAGCAUCCUCUGUCAGAAUCCUUUGACGUUUGCUUUACCUCCAGCUGUUGACCAGAAGUCAGCAGGACAGACGCAGGAUGCUAACCUGCUCUCUCUCCUCCAGAAUCCAGCUUUUGCUGCCAUCUUACAGGACCUCUUCUCUUCACAGGCCGGCUCCUCCACCUGUCAGUCACCAGGCUCUCCCUUCUUCCCCCUCCCUCCGCUCACACCUCCCUACACCUCCCCUCUGGCCCCAUUGGUCCCUCCUGCCACACUUCUCGUCCCCUACCCCGUCAUCAUCCCUCUGCCAGUGCCUCUGCCCAUCCCACUCCCCAUCCCCAUCCCUGUCCCUCAGACUGAGGAUUUAAAGGGGAACAUGACAAAACCAGUUUGCACAGUGAGUAAAAGUACUCAGACUUCACCAAAAGACACUACCUCUCCUUCGGUGUUGUCAAGCAGAUACGUGCCCCUGUUGCAGCCACAACAUGUGUCCCUGUCCUCACUUCCUGUAGAAGAAGGACAGGUGUUAGAUCUGUCCAUCAGGGCAUGUCCAGUUGAGCCAAAACAGGAGUUCCCCAUCUUUCAGCAGGACAGUGUGCUUGACUUGUCAGUGCCUGGUGUGAGGAAAAAGUGUGUUCAGUCGUGCAACUCCAGUGGACGAGACAGAGAAUUAGCUUUCCAGUCCAGUCAGGACACAAGUGGUACUUCACUGUCUGUUGAAUGCACUCAGAGUUUAGAUUCCAAACUCCUGGGCAGUCUGGCCUCGCUGGAGUUCACCCGGCAGCACAAGUGGGUGGUGGACAGCAGCUCCGGUGGGCCGGGCUCCCUGGGUCAGGAGGCGUCGCUCGGGGGGGCAGGAAACCUCGAGGUCGUCAGCACCUCACAGACGGCCAAGGUCAUCGUCUCUGUGAAGGACGCCAUCCCUGCCAUCCUGUGCGGGAAGAUAAAAGGUCUCUCAGGAGUCUCCACCAAGAACUUCUCCAUCAAGCGGGACGGCAGCAAGGGGCCGUCUCUGCAGCAGCUCUACGGCGUGCCGUCGGCGUCCCAGGGAGAACAGCACGACCCCAACGACCCUCUGAAAAAGGUCCCUAAAAACAGAGCUAUCAAAUUGAAGAAGGUCAGCUCGCAGGAGAUCCACUUCCUCCCCAUCAAGAAGCAGCGACUUGCGGCGCUGCUGCCCAGGAAGUGAGAGCGCUCGGCAGAGGGGGAUUAAUUGCCUUGCCUCUCUCCGGUGAUCCCUCCCUCCCGAGUAACAUAAAACACAU